ACCAACCCUCAUCGCCGCUCUAUCUCCUCUCCUCUGCUACAACCUUAAGCUGAGAGAGAAGAAGUCACAGUCUCGUCUCUAUCUCCUUUUUUUUUUGCCUUUUCCACUCACUCACUACACGCCAAACCCGAACGACAUGGCUGCUGCUACCUCCACCUCUCUCACUUUCUCCGGCCUCCGCCGCAUUUCUCCCAAGCUCGACUCCGCCGCCGUCUCCUCCAACCAAUCCUUCGUCCACCGCGUCAAUUCCUCUAUCCGUCUCGUUUCUUCCUCUUCUCACCGCUCUCCCAGAGGGGUUGUUGCCAUGGCUGGAUCCGGAAAGUUUUUCGUUGGAGGAAACUGGAAGUGUAAUGGGACUAAGGACUCCAUCGCCAAGCUUGUUUCUGAUCUCAACAGUGCAACCUUGGAAGCUGAUGUAGAUGUUGUUGUGUCACCUCCGUUUGUCUACAUCGACCAGGUCAAGUCUUCAUUGACAGACCGUAUUGAAAUAUCGGGUCAGAACUCUUGGGUUGGAAAAGGAGGAGCCUUCACUGGUGAAAUCAGCGUGGAACAGCUCAAAGACCUCGGUUGCAAAUGGGUCAUUCUUGGGCACUCCGAACGGAGACAUGUCAUCGGAGAAAAGGAUGAGUUUAUCGGGAAGAAAGCUGCUUACGCAUUGAAUGAGGGUCUUGGAGUAAUAGCUUGUAUUGGGGAAAAGCUAGAAGAGAGGGAAGCAGGCAAGACAUUUGAUGUUUGCUUCGAGCAACUGAAGGCGUUUGCUGAUGCUGUCCCUAGCUGGGACAAUAUAGUUGUUGCAUACGAACCUGUAUGGGCAAUUGGAACUGGCAAAGUUGCAUCUCCUCAGCAAGCACAGGAAGUCCAUGUAGCUGUCCGCGGUUGGCUCAAAAAGAAUGUCUCUGAGGAAGUCGCUUCCAAAACGAGAAUCAUAUAUGGAGGUUCUGUCAAUGGAGGCAACAGUGCAGAGCUUGCCAAAGAAGAAGACAUUGAUGGAUUUCUUGUUGGUGGUGCCUCCUUGAAGGGUCCUGAGUUUGCAACCAUUGUGAACUCAGUCACGUCAAAGAAAGUUGCUGCUUGAUUAAGAACUAUCAGUAACGGAAAUCGCUAGUCUCCAUGGAACAGAUGAGAUAAGAAAUAAAAGGGAGGAGUUUAGCGAUCUUGUUGUCGUGUUGUUUGUGUUCUUACUUCUUCUUCUUGAACUAAUAAUGUAAAAACAAAAAAGUUGAUUCAUGAGCUCUGGUUUGACGGAGAUAGAGAAAAAGGGUCUUUGAUUAAGAUCUUUGUAACUAAAGCUGUGAUUCUCUAUAUUUACUUUGAGUAAGCUUAACUCAA